AUUCCAGUCUCUAAAACAGAAGUGCCACUGCAGACACAUAUUAUUGCUCCUAACAGCAGCAGACCAACGCAUCUGGUUGUUUUCUGAUUGCAGGACCUUCAUUUUUCUUUUUUGGCUUCUACUCAACUGGCAGGAUAUCAACCUUCUUUGACCUCUCCGCAACUGGCAGGAUGGUGAAGACGGCAGCAGGAGUUGUGGUUCUCUGUGUGGCUCUGCUCCAUGCCCUGUCCUCGGUGUCGGCGGUUCAAUGGCUUGAUUCAAUCAAUGAUCUGAAGAGGGUCGGCUUUGGCCGGUCCGUACCCAAACAGGGUCUUCUGCUGCUCCACUGGUUUGCCAACAUCAUUGAUUUCAAAUAUGAUGCAAUAUGCCUGACCUUUGACCCAAACAAUGAUUUUGGCUCACAUCAUUACGGCAACUAUGAUGAUCUGCUGCCUACCAACCGAUAUCGCUACUACACUGUGGGUAAUAUCCACAAAGACACACAACAGCCGCUUCCAGAUCACAUCAUUAAUCCCAGGACCUCAGAUUUAGGUGGAAACAGCGCUCGGAUCAUAUUUAGUGUCCGUGUGCAGAAUGUGGGACGGCAGUCCAGGCAGGUGAUAGAUGAAGUCUAUCUGACACAGCAUCAUGGAUAUGAAGGGAGUGAUUAUGAUGGUCGACAUAUGUAUCGGAUCACGGCCAACCUUUUAAGACAGAUCAGAAGCUUUCCCAUGAACGGAGACUACAAUUCACUGAGGAACCUCAGAGACCUCUACAGAGUCAAUGUCAAUGAUAACCAGCUAUGGAACAUUCGACAUGAGUGGGGUGGUCUCGCUUGUCUUGGACUGUUGUUGUUUAUUGUGCUUCCGCACAUAAACAUAAAUGUAAACCAGUCCCACACUGGGCCAGGACACUCAAGACUUCAGUCAGACAAUUCCAGGGGUCAGACAAGGACAGACACAAGGAGUUCCUGUAACUGCAUUAAUGUCUGUCUUGGAGUCGUCUUCAUUUUGUUUGUUUUAGGUUUCAUUUUGGGUAUUUUAUCCUAUCUACAGAAAAUAUAAACUUAAAGAGCAUUGUGACAGUUUGCAGCUCAGUGACGAUUACAAUCACAAAAAGUCAACUGAGAAGAGCAUUUCCUCCAUCAUGGGACCUGAAAACUAUUAUUGUUGCUUUGUUUCACGCUUUGCCGCCAUUUACUUUGACAUUUGGAAAGCACAAUUACGGAUGUGAAACUGUGAUGCAUUAUGAGCCUGAAGUUCAGCAUUUUUUUUCCUUUGUUUUCAAAGUUCAGCACUUCUAGUAAUAAAGGAUGGAGAAUAUUAUGCCAGUUUGAAGUUUGUUUGUAAUGGGUGAUGGGUUAAGCCUUGGACCUUUAAAGCUUUGGCACUCAGUUUACAGCUUUAUUUUGUGAAGGAAUUGCAAAUUGGCUUUAUAUCUUGUCCAAUGUGGUGUUUUAUACUGCUGAAAUAUUUUCCUCAUUUUAACACAUUGAUUUGAAUCAAACAAUUUUUGUUGUCAAACUACUGUGAAUCACUUUUUACGUUAAGAUUUGUACAAAUUUUCUAUCUUUUGUGAUCAAACUUGUGUUCAUUAAAAGUUUUGA